GCGCGGACCGGGGUGACAGGUCACAUCUAUUUAUAGCCGCCUGUUGUCGAGAAAUGCAAGGCUAAAGGUCAGGCGAACGGCUUGCACAGUAUGCCACCUACAACACAGUGGUUGACAUGAACACAGUGUCAUGAUAAAGGACCUAAACAUGGCGUCUCUCCUUCGACCUCUCAUCGUUGCUAUCGUCUGUGAAGUUUUCAUGUCCACCCCGACAGAGUCAGGACUACCGUGCAUUUUGACGGCGUCUCCAGACACUGUAGGCUCCAUGGAGUGCAAAUUCGACGAGGAGGUCCAGUUCAUCCAGGUGGAUUAUUAUAAGCCUGAUUCUGUAGAUCCUCCAGUGAUUGCUGUAUCGUGUGACCAAAACAACUGUGAACCUAACGCCAAAUUCGCAGACAUGUUGAAAGUGAGAGGAAGCCCCAGCAAACGUUUGCUGACCUCACGCUACACGGGUGCCCCAGAGCUGCGGGAAAUACAGAUGUCAAGCGCAGACCGUGUAAAUCCUCAGUCAAAGGAGGGAGUGUGCUCUCUUUGGUUUCCAAAUACCGAGUGCAGUCUGAUGGAGUCUUCGCAGUCUGUAGGCUCCAUGGAGUGUCAAUUCAGUGAGGAGGUCCAGUACAUACAGUUGGAUUUUUAUGCGUCUGGUUCUACUGAUCCGCCAGAAAUCGCUGUAUCUUGUGACCAAACGUUCUGUGACCCUAACGCCAUAUUCGCAGACAUGUUGGAAGUGAGAAACCUUAGCAAACAGUUACUGACAUUAGAGGUACACGGGGUGUCUCAAGCACAUGCUGGAAACUACAGAUGUCAAGCGCAGUCCAUCGCAAGUACUCGGACAGUGGAUGGCAUAUGUUCUAUUCGAUAUCCGAUUCCAGCCCAAGAGAUCACGACAGAAAGCCCUGCAGCAAAGAAAGAAUCAGACAUCCUGUACUAUGUCCUCCUUGUCCUGCUGGUAUUGCCGAUAGCGGCGACAGUUAUCUUACUGCUGUGCAUCUGUAAAAGGAAGUCUUUAGGUCCUUGGAAAAAACAAGACUCGGUCCUUGACGACACUGUUGGCCCGGCUGUCGGAGCAGGACCUCGCCUCUCGUACCCAGAAGCCCAACCCCUGGUGACCCUUACAAACGAGGGUGUAGCAGACAGGAGCUUACCUGCCGGACAGAGCGGGGAUGGAGAGGGGAAUGCUAGAGACGAGGAAUCGAGAAUUAUCCUGGACGAUGGCAAGGAUACUGCUGACAGCGAACGACAAUCCGUGGACGUCAUCGCAAACAACAGAGACGAUGCUGAUGUAGGUGACGUGAGUCACGUGCAUAGAUCAGGAAGUGAUGUAAUUAGGCUGCCGACGUGUGAGACGAAUGAAGACAACGUGGACAUCUCCCUGAACGCUGUACGCAGGCAGUUCCAAUAGUCCCGUUGGGCUCCAGGAAGAGCAUCCUGUUGCCAUAGUAACUAGUGUUGGAGAAUCAACUGGAACGUGUGGACUCGAGAGAGAAAUAUCCGUGGGCUUGUGGGUGGAGAAAGAGAGAGAAAGAAAAUCAUCUAGACUGCGAUCACGAAAGAAAAAUAUCGUUUUGGACUGCGGAUACCGAAAGACAAUUAUCUUGUACUCGUGGGUAUCGAGAAAAAAUUCCCUUGAACGUACGAGUACUUGACGGAGUUAUCUUCACUGGACUUGUGGAUCUCGUACAAUCCCGUUGAACUUGCGGUUGAGAGGUUCAGCCUUGACACGUCACAUAGAGCGUGGUGCGAGGUUACCGUCUCAUCCUAGACACAAAAGGUCAUAAGAGACUAUAUAAUUAGUCAGAAUAUGUGUGUGCCUGUCGUAAAACAGCUCAUAAACUUUGCGAGGGUGGAUGUUUUGUAUCUAUAUUGAAUAUCUGUGCCAUAAUAAAAUAAAAAUGAUUUUAUAUCGGUGAUAAACAUA